CUCAGGCGUACGCGUGUGCGCAAACACGCCGUAUGCGCCCAUGAUCUCACCGACUAGGCUAAGCGACAGAACCCGGAGCUUUUAUUUGGGCACGCCUCUUUUCGCGGGAAAGCUGGCGGUGCAUCGAUGGGCAUGCGGCACACGAGGACUGCACGAUUCGGACAAGUAGGACGCCACCCGCAAGACGACGAACGCCGUUCCCACUUAUCUCCCCGCCCUCCCUAUACGACGCGGGCACGAAUCCCUCCGCAUCUCUGGAGCAGCCGCCGCCACAUACAUCAUGUCCAGUGCCGCAUACACCCGAUGGGAGACUUUUGCUGGUGUCGUGGGGGUUAUAACCUCCAUCCCUAUCGCAGUCACUUUGGUGAUGAUACACCUGCCAUCGAGAAAGAUUGACAGUCUCUUCCUCACAUUAGCGUCCGUCCAAGCCUCGCUAGAGGAGACGGUUGAGGAGGGGCUCCUACGCGAGCAUCAUAUUCGGUCGUUUAGACAGCAGCUCAUCGGUCUUCGCAACCGUGCUAGGGAUGUUCGUGCACGAGCGCACUCGGCGAGAGACUGCACUGGAGACUUGACAAACAUGCUCAAAGGCUUGACCACCACCAUCACAAAUAUUGAGGACGACGCUAUGGAAUUGCGCGCCACCAUCGCGACGACCAGCACACGUGAACGGGAAGAACGAGAGAGAGCCGAAGUGGCACGUCGUAUCGCUGCCGGAGGGGGUAACGCUGCGGCCCAAGGCGAAGAUCCUCGCUCUGCCAGGCUGUACACCAAAGUAUGGCGACUUGUACUGUCGACGCUACACCUCAUGGUUUCGCUACUUUGGCGCCGAAGCUCAAUGCGGGGAGGCAAUGACUCGGAGUGCACAUCCCUUCACGGCGAGUGUGCGCCACCACUUCCCGAUACCGGGGCCUACUCUUCGACUCCGUCACUCGCGCCUCCGGCCCCGUCUUUCCCCAUGCUCCAGUCAGUCCUGCACGACGAGGCGGUGCAAUCCGCCGAGAUCGCGCCCGAGGAGACCGCUCAGGAGGCCCCUCCUCCUUCGCGGACCCAAUCUUCCCUCGUCCCGUCGUCUCGUUCGAGGAAGAGCCGGAGCAGCCCGUGCUCCCGCACCCGUGCAUUUGCGCAAUUUGUACGCCACUACCGCCGGAAGUACGCCACACCUCGCCACGACGAUGUCUCCUUCAUCACGAUGUCGGAGUGGUCGUCCAUCGAGCCAUUGCAAGAUGACGAUGACGCGGCAGACUGGGAGGAUAUCGGGUCUCGAAAGGUACGAGUGAUGUUAUAG